CCCACCAACGUUUUGCUAAAUUAGAUGGUAACUACUAUAUAUAUACAUAUCCUUCACAGAUCUCCAUUCCUAACAACCAUUCUUUGAUAUUUUUCUUUUCCUUUCACUUUCUUUCUUUUACUCAAAUUAUGUGUUUUUUUAUGGUUUCUUUAAUGUGUAGUAAGUGAGCCCUUUCUGUGACACACUCUUUGGAGCUAAGAACUCGUUCUACAUCUCUACUAUUCUUUAAGUUCAUUCUCUUGAUUUCAAUCAUUGCAAACAAACUUCAAUUUAUUGCUUCAUCAAGGCUUCAAUAACAAUGGAAGAAGCCCCUUCAGGGCUUCACAUAGCAAUGUACCCUUGGUUUGCUUUAGGCCACUUGAUUGCAUUUCUCCAAAUUGGCAACAAGUUAGCCAAUAAAGGCCACAGGAUCUCCUUCUUCAUUCCGUCAAAAACUCAACCCAAAUUGCAGCCUUUCAAUCACUUUCCAAAUCUCAUUACUUUCGUCCCCAUCACUGUUCCUCAUGUUGAUGGUCUCCCUCUUGGAGCUGAAACUACUGCUGAUGUUUCUCACCCUUCACAGAUCCCUCUCAUCAUGACUUCCAUGGACCGUACAGAACCCGAAAUCGCUUCUCGUCUUCAAGAUAUAAAACCUGAAGUCAUCUUCUAUGAUCUCGCGUAUUGGGUGCCAAAGCUGGCACAUCCAUUGGGGAUUAAAUCAGUUUAUUUUACUGCUGUUUCUGCUGUCACAAUGAGUUAUAUUCAGUGCAAAUUAUGGAAAUUUCCUGGACAUUAUAAUUUAACUCGAGAUGAUCUUUUGCACCCACCUCCUGAUUUCCCAUGUUCAUCAAUCAAGCUUCAUGCUCAUGAGGCUCAAUAUUUGGCAUCCUUUGGCCGAAUGAAAUUUGGUGGUGAUAUCACUUUCUUUGAGCGCAUUUCCAAUGCAUUAUCCCAAUGCAAUGCUAUAGCAUUGAAAUCAUGUAGGGAAAUUGAAGGGCCUUUUAUUGACUAUCUUGAAAGUAUAGUCGAAAGGCCUAUAUUGCUGCCAGGAACUGUGAAUUUAGAACCACUAACCACAAGUUUAGAAGAAAGGUGGGCAAACUGGCUAUCAGAGUUCAAAUCUGGCUCAGUCAUAUAUUGUGCAUUUGGAAGUGAGUGUAUUUUGACCAAAAACCAAUUCCAAGAAUUGUUGUUGGGUCUUGAGCUUUCAAACUUACCAUUUUUCGUUGCACUCAAACCACCUGAUGGCAUCGACACGGUCGAGGCUGCCCUACCGAAAGGUUUCAAGCAGAGAAUCGAGGGGAGAGGGAUAGUAUAUGGAGGAUGGGUUCAACAACAGCAAAUUUUGGAUCACCCAUCAAUUGGAUGCUUUAUUACACAUUGUGGGGCAGAGUCUUUAUCAGAAGCAGUGGUGAAGAAGUGUCAGUUAGUGUUGUUCUCUCGUACUACUGAUCAAUUGUUUCGAGCAAGAUCGAUGAGCAAGUUCUUGAAAGUUGGUGUGGAAAUUGAGAAAGGGGAGGAAGAUGGGGUUUUUAGCAAAGAAAGUGUGUGUAAGGCAGUGAAGACAGUUAUGGAUGAAGAGAAUGAAAGUGGGAAAGAGAUCAGAGCAAAUAAAGAGAAGUUAAGAGAGUUAUUGGUUGACAAAGAUUUGGAAGAGAGUUAUAUCAACAAUUUCAUCCAUAGCCUCCACUCCAUGGUUUGAUUGCUUAAGUAAAAAGGAAGGAAAAGAAAGGAGUGUCUCUUGUUUCUUUCACUUCUACUUAAAACUAUAUCUUUCUAAGUGACUUAGUUGUUUUGUUCUUUAAAUUGUAAUGUUUUCAAUUCAAUUAAUAAAAAACACUCUUUGCAACA